UUCACGAGAUCAACCUUACUAAGCAAUCUCCUGUCCUAGGAGACCUCUGCAAAUUGAGUACAAUCUUGCUGCUCAUUUAUUGGAAAACAUCUCCAGUAAGCACCUGAUGUGUCAGGCUCUUGAGUGGUCUCUUAAGAAAGUUUUGCUGCAUUGCACAAACCUUAGUAUAUUUUGUAAAGUGGGUGAGUGGUUCAUUAAAGUACUAGUCAAGUCUGUUUACAGUUUUCUGUUGGUUAGCUGCAGCAAGAGAAGCAGAUAUUUUACAUAGCUAAAUUAAGAGGGGUUUAAAAAAAUCUUGAGGUGUAACCCACCAUUUAACAUGUGUAUGGAGUUUAGCCUUCUUCCCCUUUAACACUGACUUUUUUUUUUUUAGUUUUUGUUAUCUCCUCAGAGAGCCUUAAUUGGACUACUGGUCCCCAGCUCUGCCUAGUUACUCUAUUCUACCUUGAACACUUGUGAGGAGAAAGGAGCAAGAAAAGGCCUCUGGACCUUAUGGCAAUAUUUUUCCCCCCCACUGCUGCCUUGUUCUAAGUUUCAAUAACUCCAGUGUCCAUUGAAAAGUGUUAUAAUGUUACAAGUCUAAGAGCUCAGGACAAGUGCAGCAGAAAUACCUGCAACAUGGUGACUGGAAUCCUAAGGACCUUGCAAUAUGAAUAAUUCUCUGGAGAACACCAUUUCCUUUGAAGAAUACAUCCGUGUGAAAGCACGAACAAUCCCUCAGCACAGGAUGAAGGAGUUUCUCGACUCUCUUGCUUCCAAGGGGCCUGAAGCUCUCCAGGAGUUCCAGCAGACAGCCACCACCACCAUGGUAUAUCAACAAGGUGGAAACUGCAUUUACACGGACAGCACAGAGGUGGCCGGAUCUUUGCUUGAGCUUGCCUGUCCCGUUACAACCAGUGUCCAGCAGCAAACCCAGCAAGAGCAACAGAUACAGGUUCAGCAGCCACAACAGGUCCAGGUACAAGUCCAGGUCCAGCAGUCCCCACAACAGGUCUCUGCCCAGCAGCUCUCUCCCCAGCUCACUGUCCACCAAGCCUCAGAGCAGCCGAUACAGGUCCAAGUUCAGAUCCAAGGCCAGGCACAGCAGCAGGCGUCCCAGACAAUACAGAGUCAGUCUCUUCAGAGCCCUAGCCCAUCUCAGCUGCAAGCUGCUCAAAUCCAGGUGCAGCAUGUACAGACUGCCCAACAGAUCCAGGCCACUGAGAUCCAGGAGGAACACAUACAGCACCAACAGAUCCAGGCCCAGCUUGUGUCUGGACAGGCCAUUGCUGGUGGCCAACAGAUCCAGAUCCAGACAGUUGGGGCACUGUCACCUCCACCUUCUCAGCAGGGCUCACCACGGGAAGGCGAACGGCGGAUCGGCACCGCUAGUGUCCUUCAGCCAGUGAAGAAGCGUAAAGUAGAUAUGCCUAUUACUGUGUCAUAUGCUAUUUCAGGGCAGCCAGUUGCCACAGUGUUGGCCAUUCCUCAAGGCCAGCAGCAGAGUUAUGUAUCUUUAAGGCCGGACUUAUUAACAGUGGACAGUGCCCACCUAUACAGUGCCACUGGGACCAUUACUAGCCCCACUGGAGAGACUUGGACCAUCCCUGUUUACUCAGCUCAGCCACGUGGUGACCUUCAGCAGCAAAAUAUAACCCACAUCGCCAUCCCCCAGGAGGCCUACAAUGCUGUCCACGUCAGCGGCUCGCCAACAACACUGGCUGCCGUGAAGCUGGAGGAUGACAAGGAUAAGAUGGUGGGAGGUGCAUCUGUAGUGAAAAACUCACAGGAGGAAGUGGUGCAAACUAUCGCUAACUCGCUCUUUCCAGCACAGUUCAUGAAUGGCAACAUCCACAUUCCAGUGGCAGUGCAGGCCGUGGCAGGGACGUACCAGAAUACAGCUCAGACAGUGCAUAUAUGGGACCCGCAGCAGCAACAGCAGCCCACACCCCAAGAGCAGGGGCAGCAGCAGCAGCUACAAGUGACUUGUUCUGCUCAAACUGUUCAGGUAGCUGAAGUGGAGCCACAGCCACAGCCUCAGCCUUCACCUGAACUCCUGCUUCCGAAUUCUCUGAAGCCAGAAGAAGGGCUCGAAGUGUGGAAAAGCUGGGCACAGACCAAGAAUGCCGAGCUGGAAAAGGAGUCUCAGAACAGGCUAGCCCCUAUUGGCAGACGCCAGCUGCUGAGAUUCCAGGAAGAUCUCAUCUCCUCUGCUGUGGCUGAGUUGAAUUAUGGGCUAUGCUUGAUGACACGAGAAGCUCGCAAUGGUGAAGGCGAACCAUACGAUCCAGAUGUACUCUACUAUAUCUUCCUAUGUAUUCAGAAGUAUCUCUUUGAAAAUGGACGAGUAGAUGACAUUUUCUCGGAUCUCUAUUAUAUACGGUUUACCGAGUGGUUACAUGAAGUUCUCAAGGAUGUACAGCCCCGGGUCACCCCUCUUGGUUAUGUCCUCCCCAGCCAUGUAACAGAAGAGAUGCUGUGGGAGUGCAAGCAGCUGGGAGCUCACUCUCCUUCCACCUUGCUCACUACACUGAUGUUUUUUAACACCAAGUACUUCCUGUUGAAAACGGUAGACCAGCAUAUGAAGUUGGCCUUCUCCAAGGUCUUGAGGCAGACCAAGAAGAACCCUUCCAAUCCCAAGGAUAAGAGCACGAGUAUCCGGUACCUGAAGGCACUUGGCAUACACCAGACAGGCCAGAAAGAUGACAUGUAUGCAGAGCAGACUGAGAAUCCAGAGAACCCCCUGCGGUGCCCCAUAAAGCUCUAUGACUUCUACCUCUUCAAAUGCCCCCAGAGUGUGAAAGGCCGGAAUGACACAUUUUACUUAACUCCGGAGCCGGUGGUAGCCCCCAACAGCCCGAUCUGGUAUUCCAUCCAGCCAAUCAGCAGAGAGCAGAUGGAGCAGAUGCUCACUCGGAUCCUGGUGAUACGAGAGAUUCAGGAAGCUAUUGCUGUGGCUAAUGCCAGCACCAUGCACUAAGGCAUCCUUCCCAGCUCAGAAGGGGGUGGGGUGGUGGGGGGAUGACGAGCAAGGAUAAAUUGUACAGACUUUUACACUAAAGGAGAUGCCUACGUUUUGUUUUUUAUUGGUGUAGUUAUGAAGCCCUUUUAGGCUUCUUCUGUUUAAAAGAAUCUAAAAGGAAAACCUACCCAUUGUGUAUCCUACCAAACACACUGAGCUGUUAGAACCAUUGGAGGCUGCAUUUCUCUGCCAGCUCAGAGCUGUUGAAACUGCUGGUUGACUUUGGUUUUUUAUGAUGUAGAAAACAGAACAUGAGCUAUGGGAUUGGCCUGGAUGGCUGGGGCCUCUGAUGCCUCCUCAGAGCACGUGCAGCCUGGAGAGCGCAGAAUGAUGGAUGGACCUGCUCAGCCAGCCAAGGAGAGGCAGGUGUCUCUCCUUUGUGCUCAGACAUUAAUUUGCUGUUGUCCUGGAAGAAGAAGAAGAAGGAGGAGGAGGAGAGUGAACUGCAAUUAUGAUUUCUAAAAAACAAUUUCUAUUCAGACCUUUAAGUGACAUUUUUAGAUGUUAAAAGUAAAACAAAAAAAAAACAAACAAAAAAAACCAACUUUACCACACUUCUUUUUUUGGCCUGACAUUGAGGCCUUAAACCUUGAGGCUCCUGUGCCUGCUGGAGUUCUUGUACCAUACACUUGUGUAUCAUAUAAAGAUACCGCCCUGUUUCUCUUAUGUAUUCUUACUCUAGUUGUUUAUUAAGAAUGACGAGCACGUCUUUUCAAC